AUGUUUCUUGAUAUAGAACCACAAAGUUCUGCUUUCAAAAAGGUCCAGCAUGUGGCAACAGAAGAGGGUCAGCUAGCUAGCUCAGUCUGUACAUAUUUAUCUACGUAUCUCAUUCUAUCUAUCUAUCUAUCUAUCUAUCUAUCAGUCUAUACAUAUCUAUCUACGUAUCUAAUUUUGUUUCUAUCUAUCUAUCUAUCUAUCUAUCUAUCUAUCUCAGUCUGUACAUAUCUAUCUAAACUAUGUCUCUCAUUCUGUUCAUCUAUCUAUCUAUCUAUCUAUCUAUCUAUCUAUGAUCAAAUAUCUCUCUCUUUCUCUCUCUCUCUUUUUCUCUCUCUCUCUCUGUGUCUAUAUUUCGUGUCCAUAUCCGAUUUCGUGCUCGGUGACACGCGCCUGGUCUUCUUGAGUGGCCAGAUUUACGCCAUCAAGGCACCGAUUCGUCUCAUUGUUCGCGUGAACAACUCAUGGCCCGACACGGACCGAUUUUAG